CAACAUGUCAAAAGUCGAAAUUAUGAAAUAAAUACGAAAAAGGGGUUAUGUUUGGAUAAGUGUCCACGGUGUAAACCCACCGACUUGCGUCUCUCGGUGCUUGCUAUGGACGAAUUGAAGCACAGGGCUGGUGAGAAACUUGAAGCUUUACAUGAAGCCGCUAAAAUAGCCGCUGACGAUGGCAAGUCCAGGGUCCAGGAUGUCUUCAAUACCACCGCAGAGACAAUUAGAAAGAUCCGAGAGGCGUUCAGUGAACUGUGGAACAACGAGCUAAUAUCUGAGGGUAGGGCGCGCGUGGCCGCCUGGUCGCAUGAAGCGCUGCAGCGGCUGAAGGAUGGCGCGCCACCGCUGUCGCCUCUUGUCCUCUACGAAGAGUUACUAGCACUGUUCAAAGAUAGAAUGUGGCGGCGUAGCGUGGCCAUCUUCCUGGUAGGGGCGGUGGUGGGGGGCAGCGCAGGGCUCUGCGCGGGGCUGAGGGCCGCCCGGCCCCCCGCUGGUCCCCUGGCGAGGGCCCUACACUCACAACCCGAUCGCAGCGUGCUGUUCGUCGAGGAUGCUCCCGCUCGCAGCGCUGGCGCGGGCGAGGUCCUGGUUCGCGUGCAGGCGUUCAGCGCUUGCGCAGUGGACCGCAGCGUGCUGCGAGGCCGUGGCGCCGCCCUGCGCGGAUUGCUUUCGCGGCCACACGUCACCGUCGGCCGCGGCUUCGCAGGCGUAGUGUUGGACGUCGGUCCAGGGGUGACCUCGUUGGAAUUAGGGGAUGAGGUGUGGGGCUGUGUUAGCGAGUGGUCAGGCGGGGCAGCAACAGAACUGUUAACUAUACGCAGCACUCGCGCCGGGCGCCGGGCGCGGGGCGUGGGCGCGGCGCAGGGCGCGGCCCUGGCCUGGGGCGGCACGCGCGCCCUCAGGGCCCUGCGGCGGCUGCGGUACGGGGCCCACGACGUCAAGGGCAAGCGCGUGGCGGUGUGCGGCGCGGCGUCGGGCGAGGGCUGCGCUCUGCUGCAGGUGUUGUCGGCGUGGGGCGCGCGCCCCGCGGCCGCCUGCCACCCCUCCGCUGCUAGCGCUCUGCUCGCCCUCGGCGCGGUGGAGGUGUUGGAGGUGGAGUCGUGCGGCGCGGGCCCGUGGUGGCGGCGGCUGGCGCGCGCGGCGGCCCGCGCGGGCCCGUGGGACGCGGCGGUGGCGUGCGGCGGCGCGGGGGGGGCGCACGCCGCGCCCGCAGGGCCCGCGCCCGACGCCAGCGCCCUGCUCAAAGCAACGGCCCCACGUGACGCCAUAGUGGACUUACGACCGAAGCCGCUGAUAUCCGACCGUCUGCCGGCACCGCUCUCGUUACUCUUCGCAAUUUCCUUCCACACAUACAGACUGCUUAGAUGGGUGGUGGGGCUGGGCAGCCACACGGACUGGCUCGAGGACCCGUUGCAGCUGCGGGAGGGUCUCGACGAGCUGGCGGCACUCGUCGACAGUGGCGCCCUCUCACCGCUUGUCGAUAAGGUGUUCCUACCAGUGGAAUACGAGGCUGCGCUCGCCCACGCCUGCAGCGACGCCGCUAUCGGGACCACCGUCGUGCGCUUCCCGUGAUACCACCGAUCCACCACAACCAUCCACCAUCACGACAGUCCGCCUAGACACUCGCCACUGAUCAAAUAUAUGUUACCGUUGAAGAGCUGUCACUGC